AACUCCAGUUUGGUUUGUCGUCUUCACGCCCGCCUUGGCAGACAAGAUGGCGACUCCUCCUGCGUCGUUAUCUUACUGUUUAAAACCAUUACUAGCUGCCUCCUAUUCAGCGUUCAACAAAAAUGAAAUACCAGAUUUUUCAAGAGCCAUUUCUAAGAGUGAAGAUGAAAUCCUCCAUCAUGCAGAAGAAUAUGAAUCUUUUUACUCAACAUUUGUCGCCUUAUCAGCUCACUAUUUGGGAGCAAAUGCAGGUUCCGUUACAAAGGUUAAUUUACCAUGUGUCAUAUCUGCGACAAAAGUUUUAUUGGCUUUCCUUGUGAACAGAUUACAAAAACACAGUACCAAUUGUACUAUUUCACAGAAAUAUAUCAUGAUCUUAAUCAAAGGUUUGUGUGAAGGCACAGGUAGCCUCCUCAAACAAGACAUUGUGACAUUCACAGCACUUCUCAAGUCAGCAACAACCCCUGAUCACAUCACAGAAUCUUCUUCAGAAGAAGAACCUGAACCAAAAGAAAGCAAGAGACCCAGGCUAGAUUUUGGACAGAAUAUUUUUGACCAAUUAACCUCUGUCCUCGAGGAAGUAACCCCAUUUUCAAGUCACAUUUCAAAGUCUGAGGUUCCCGUUGAGACUCUAAAUUCUGAUGGUGACACCACUAUUGUCCAUGUUGCAGAUUCUCUGGAAGAAGUGCAGCUAUUAUUUGCCAAAAAAAACCUGUCCAACCUUCUUCAACUCAAUGGUAGUGAAAUACUUGUGGAUGUUUGCUCUCAUCUACCACUACUUGCCCGUUAUAUUCACCGGUGUAGGGAGGCUAUCAGUAGCACUUCCUUUGUCCUACCUCUCACAUUAUCUGAAGCUCUUACAGCUAGAAAUAGCUAUCCAUCCCUGCUAAAUGAUGUGCUAAUUGUAUGGCGAGCCUUUAGUCUACCAGUGCUGGAGCCAUUAACUCCACGGCAACUCGAAAAAAUCACCAUCGUCACUUUAGGUUGCCUUUACAGUUCAAUUGUUGUGGCAAUAUCAAACACCAUCGUUAACCUUGCUAGUGCAGUUCCUAUGAAAAAUCCUGCAAACAAAGAUGAAGAACUAGACAAUUGUGGAAUGACCAUUGUUCAAAAAACUCUUGAAAUUGUUAACAUUGUCUCAUCUGUGAUUAGAAACUCCACCCGAGCUGGUGGACAUGUGGUACAGAACUUGCAUAUGAUGGCUGCCUGGUUACUACUGAAAGGGUUACAGAGCAUUUUAUCUCUGACUCUCUACGUCAUACUUGAGCGCAAAGAUUCUACACGGACCAAAAGCCAAGAUUCUCAAAAAAGUUCUAAAGAAUCUCAAAAUAUUCGACCAGCUUCUGCAAAGAGUUUUCAAGGAUUUGGAGUUUUGUCUGUUGCUUUAGCAUCAAAUGCGAUCCAGCUGCUUUCAAAAUUACUUGAUGAUUUGCAAGUUGAAGGGAAUGUGGUCAAGGAGAAAGAUGAUGAAAUGAAAACCAGCAUUACAGCUGGAUUUACUGCUUGGCAGAGAGUGCACAAGCUAACAUGCUGUAUCAAUUUAACUGACUUGUUGUUCAACUUGGUAACAGUCUCUUUUAGAAAGGUUAGUAGUUUUAAAUUUCAUAAUGUCAGUUAUGCUUUUCACCUUUCAUAUUUUAUUUAUAUUAAGAAUAAUUACCAUAAAUCCUUGAGUAUAAUACGUAGGAGAUUUUUAGGGGGCUGUACCUCUGAAAAACCUAAACCUUGUGUAUUUGAAGAAACACUCUCACCUACAGAAACAACUGAUCGAGCACCUUCACCACCACCUGCUCCUACACAAGAUGGAACCAACAAUGGAAAACGUUCUCGACAAGUUAGUGAUGAUGACAGCAGACCAAAUUUUAUUCCUGACCGAAAAGAGCCAGAUGGGUUUGUCCACUUAGCUGCAGAUAUAUUAAACUUCAUGAACCACUAUUUUAUCAAUUCAGUCAAUCCAGCUAUACAAAAGCUUCUAAGGGAGGCUUUGAAUGAAGAACACAUGUCUAAUCUUGCAUUGGUUAUCAAAGAACUGGAUAAAGAAUGCUGCCGAUCUGGUUCAGAUCGCACCUAUGAAGAGCUUUCAGUUGCUUUGGCAAAGUUUAACCACAGUUUAGUGGCAACUGGCUCGCUAUCAGAGAAUUUGCAGGAUUGUCUUCUAAUUAGCUUGGGAGUGAAUCCCAAUACUUCCGAGGCUUGGCCUCUUACGGUAUAUCCUCGCACUCUCGCAGUUCUAGCAGAAGUUAUUCUUCUGCGUCAACAGAAAGAAAGAGAAACCUCCCCCAAAAUCAUCAGGAGUAUUACUGAGGUUCAAGUAAUGAAUAUAUGGGCUCAGUUCACUCGAACAUUAAAGCAAGCUAUUUUAAACUUUGAUAACAAAAUUGAUCAAUUUGAAGAUGUCAAUGUGGAACAUUUGCAGGUCCUUUUGUUCCUCUUCCACAGCUUGCCUCUGAUGCAGAAGAAGUCUCUACUAUUGCAACUGGCUGAACAUCUUAUUGCGAUUUCACAGGUAGAUCACAGUAAACUGGUUGGUUCUGUACCACUUCCUCUGUCUCGUCUGAUGCUAGUUUUUGAUUACUUUGUGCACUAUUUUUAUGAUCCACCUGCUGUUCUCAUUGAUCAAGUACAGUGGAACCUUUUCACAGUACAUACGCUUGGGCAAGCAGGGGAGCGAGAUGCCAGUUUACCAAGAGCAAGCCAAUUCUUUCCAUGCAGAGAUGUUGAAGGAAAUUUUCGAAAAAAUCUGAGCCCCCAAGAAGCCACAGAAAUUGGUGCUUUCUACCCUCGUUUUUACAACUUGGGUCCAACAGAACUGCACAUGCAAGAUACACCAAAGGUAGAUGGUCUGGCUUGUAGUUUCCUUUUGUCCAGUACAGAAACUGUCAGUUACAACAAAUUAUAUGAAGCAUGUAUUGUUUUAUUAAUGGCUGGAUCCAAAUGUGAUAAAGUGUUGGAAAAAUUGAACUUGCUGGAGGCUUCUGUGAUGAAUUAUCACUUUAUAAUUUGCUGGCGUCUUCUGGCCUGUCUACCUCCAUCUUUGGAAUACCUACAGAUGCUUGAAUCUGGAGAAUUAGGAAUGGGUCCUGGGCAUAUUCUUCACACACUCAGAUGGGCUCCCAGACUUGGACAUAAAACAUUUUCAGGGUGGAUUAAGGAUAGUUUAGUGAAACAAGGGCAGACAACACAUCAGGCUGAUCAACUCCUCACCAAUGCUGAUAAAAUGGCUAACUCUGUAUAUUAUGAUGUUCGACUAGCUAUUAAUUUUAUUCAAGAACAGAUGACUAGCUUCCCUGCUGUUGAUCACCGGACUAUUCUUUCUUCUAAUGAUCUUCCUGGACUAUCUUCAAUUUUAAUGCUUGAUGCUGUUGUUGCCAAAGUCCAAAUCUCUUUGGAUGAAAUCUUUACAAAGGCUAUGGUAAGUUGGAUAUUCUGUUAUUUAUAUUUCAUCUUUAUUUGUUGGUGUCCAGAAACAACCGGAAAUAACAAAUAUGUCAAGGCACUGUUUCCAUUACUGUUUGAUGCUUCAACAGAAUAUUUGGUUGACAUGGUAACAAUGUCAUUGGAAAGAUUUCUUGGUGAAGGAGAAGGGGAGAAAUUCAUCAUGAAAACUUACCUGUAUGUGCUGGAGGUUUGUCAAGAGCUUCUCAUUGAACACACAAAUGAAUUAAGUGGCUUGGAUGAAAAAAUAUUUGUGGACUGCUUGAAAUUCAUGGAUAGUCACCUUGAAAAAACUGCUGGAAAAAAAGCUUUUGAAAAAUUUUAUAUUGAAACAGGAGAUUUAUGUGGUCUGCUUCUGGCUGCUGCUAAUUUAUCACCCCAGUUUGCAACAAAGAUUUUGAAGUUUUUCAAUAAAUUAUUCAUGCUUGCUGAAAAAAAUCCAAAUGAUAAAGACUAUGAAUCCUUGUGUGGCUGCUUAACAAAACUGGCCUCUGUUGAUAUAACAACACUACAGACGUGGUUAUGGAAAAUUGCUUUGACUUCACCCCAGGAUUCUACUGAAGAAGCUGCAAUGAAAGAAAACAGAAUGCUGCUCCAGAGCCUGACUGGUUUCUUUGUUAAAGACAAAAGUCCAGUCAGUGAGAAAGUAGCUCAAACAAUUCUUGUCACAUUAAUUCCAAUGGGCACAAAAAUUCUAGCUUCCAAUAAUGAUAGUCAAGGUUUCUCUGAUCUUGUCAGUGUAAUGAGAUCUUUAGCUGGAGCUGGUCAGGGAAGUGGUCACAAAGCACUGUUCCAGGCUGCUGUUGGAUGGUUGGAGACUUGUUAUUCUCACCUCUCUCAAAAAGAUGUCAUGGAAAAAAUCAAAGAAAAUGUGAAAUCUGGAAAGCAUCUGUCCAUCUUGGAUGCAAUGUGUUCCUUGCUUUCUCACGUGGGAGAGGUGCUCAGUGCACUCAAGAGAAAUUCUGAAAGAGGUGGAGCCACUUCCCCUCCAAUAGACCAUGAUGCUACAACUGCACAGGUAAGAAAAAAUCAGAUUAGAGCAGAGUUUGGUAAACUGUCAUUUACUCCUUUCAAGGAAUCAUUUGAUAACCUAUUCACCUCCAUCAUUUUUGAAAUAUUGAUUUCAAAUUUUGACAAAAAGGCCUGCAAAUUCGGGGCCGGGGCUAUGUCUGUUACAUCAGCUCCAGUACUCAACUGGUAUGUAUUUUAUCAACCCAGAAAAGAUGGAAGGCACAGUAGACCUAGGCAGAACUUGAGCUCAGCAUGCAGUUUGCUAAUAUUUCAGUGUCCUGAAUCUCAAAAUCGCUUCGGGUGUUAUCAGAUCCCCACCGCUCCCUGGAGAUCAAUAUCAACCACUUUGCUGACAGCUCCUGAAGAGGACGAGCAAUAUCAAUUACCACUGCAGGAUGAAGAAUCCCUGAAUAAUAAACUAUGUACAUUUACAAUAACUCAAAAAGAAUUUAUGAACCAACAUUGGUAUCACUGCCAUACAUGUAAAAUGGAAGAUGGGGUUGGUGUAUGCACCAUUUGUGCCAAAGUUUGCCAUAAAGACCAUGACUUGUCCUACGCCAAAUUUGGCUCCUUUUUCUGUGAUUGUGGAGCCAAAGAAGAUAGUAGUUGUCUGGUGUACCGAGACUUCUUACUGAAAUAUUUAGAUUCUGCAAAUACUGUCAAAACGGUAUUGGACUUACUGGAUGUUGUUUUACCAUCUAUGGUUGAAAACUAUCAAGGCAGCUUUCCCAUGGGAAGUGUGGCAAAUGCUCAGAAAGCUCUUGGUGAUCUACACACCCUUCCAAAAACAAUAGACACAACUGACCAAUUGAUGACUGUAACUUUGGGCUCACAAGAAGGAGCCUUUGAAAAUGUCCGCAUGAACUAUAGUGGAGAUCAAGGUCAAGCCAUCCGUCAACUGAUCACUGCUCAUAUGGUGCGGCGUGUUGCUAUGUGUGUCUUAGCGUCUCCCCAUGGUAAAAGACAACAUUUGGCUGUUAGCCAUGAGAAAGGAAAAAUUACUAUUUUACAGUUAUCAGCUCUCUUGAAGCAAGCAGAUUCAAGUAAAAAAAAGUUAACCCUUACAGUGAUCAACAUGAUGAAAAUGCAGUUGUUUGAACUAAUAACUUUGACUUUUGUAGAUAUAGUUGCAUUUACCUUCAGAUGGUAUGGAACUGUUCAUUAUACCGUUUUGGACCUGGUCACUGACAUAGUCCUACUGCAGUGGAUCUGUGUCAGUGACCAGGUUGCAGAUUGCCAUGUUCUUACAUUCACCAGCAAUGGCUCUGUUGCUGAUCAUUUGGUUUUGCACCCAUCACUUGCUUCAGGAAAUUUUAUCAUCAAGGUAAUUUCACAUAAUCUUUUCUGCUAUAGAUUAAUUUUUUAUAAUUUUUUCCAGAUAUAUGAUUUGUCUUUGGAUGCAAUUAGCCCUCAGUAUUACUUCUUGCUACCAAGUGGCAAAAUUCGUGAUUCUACAUUUGUGUUUGGUGAAGAUGGCUGCACUAUGGUACUGAUGUCAUCGUCAGGCCACAUCUACACUCAGAUUAUGGAAGAUGCAAGCAAUGCUCGUCAUGGACCCUUUUACAUUACCAAUAUACUUGAAGUGAAACACAGUGACAUAAAGGAUACAAAUGGUCAAAUAGCUGGUGGUGGAGUUUCUGUUUAUUAUUCCCAUUCCUUGCAGUUAUUAUUCUUCAGUUAUUCUCAUGGAAAAAGCUUUAUUGCCUCUGUUGCCAAAGACCUCUCUCAAGUUAUCAAUCUGUUUCCAAUUGUACUAAAAAGCAACAGUGGUUCUAAUGGUAGUAGUAAAGGCAGUAACAACAAUCAGUCCCUAGUCCAGUGGUCAGAAGUCCCUGGCCACCCUGGUUUGGUUUACUGUAUGACCCAAAGUGCAAACAAUCCAGUCAUCCUCAUGAUCAAGCCAACUUGCAUACUUCUUCAAGAAAUUAAAGUACUCCCAGCAAAAGCUAAGAUACAAGACAUAGUGGCCAUUAGACAUCCUGCCUCCAAUUCAGAUCUGCAACGAACAACAAUGAUUUUGUUGUGUGAAGACGGUAGUUUGCGUAUAUACAUGGCAAAUAUAGAGAACACCAAAUAUUGGCUGUCUCCAUAUUUACAACCUCAAAACCCAAUAGCUGCUCUUAGACCAACAAAAAAGAAAAUCUGUAAAUCAGGCCGGCCAUCAGGAUCUGUGAAUUUUCCCAUUGAUUUCUUUGAACACUGUCAGUCAACAAACGAUAUAGAGUUUGGUGGAAAUGAUAUCCUGCAGGUUUAUAAUGUUGCACAAGUAAAACAUCGCUUGAUUACUGGUGGAAUGUAUAUUGUCAGCACAAAGCCUGGAGGUUUUACCAUUGAGAUUACUAAUACAAACAGCAACAACGUGAUGGUUGGUGUGCGAGUAUCUGUAGGCAAUAUGAGUGUUGAAAGAGCUCCUUCCUACUUGGAAGUAUUUGGCAGAACAGUGCAAGUGAGUGUAUCAAGAGUUCGUUGGCAUGACUUGCCUUUCACCAGAGAAGAAUCGUUGAUGGCUGAUAAAAAAUUCAACCUAUUUGUUGGAACUAGCUCUGACCCAGCUGGUGUGACAGUUGUUGAUUCAAUAAAAGUGUAUGUGAGAUCAAAAGAGUCAUUUGGUUGGCCAGAGGAACCUGAUGAAUAUCCUGAAACAACUACUAACAAGCCACCAAUUAAUGGAGCUGGUCCAGUUAAUAAUGUCACCGAAUCUGAUGCAGUACCUUUGACUACUAUUCCUCUCACUUCAACAGACAGAUUACUUGCAGGAGCUUUGGAAGUACUUGAUGGAUCCUUUUCCACCUAUCUCAAUGCCGAAGACAAAUUUCAUGGAAGCAGUCCCCCAGCACCUGUGAAAUUGCCACAUCAUCAAGCUGCUCUUGAAAUUGCAACCAGUCUACUUACUUUACCGACCCCAAACAGUGUCCAACAGCAGACAAAAAGUUUGCUGGCAUCUCUAUUCCCAACAAAGGCUGCAUAUCACAAUCACAAAGAUCAUGCCCAAUUAAGUCACGUAAUGCACAGCCUUCUUCAAGGUUCCCAAGACAUGGAUGUAGAAGCUUUUCAACGUUUGGUUGUCACUGCACGUUCUAUUGCUGUCACAAGACCAAGCAAUCUGGUGCGGUUUGCUGAGAAAGGUAGUGCUGUCAUUGAAGAAAUAAAAGGCAGCAUGCUGGCAGAAUUGUUAAUAUGCUGCACAGAAGGCUUAGCAGAAUCCCAUUUGGCUUUGUCUUGGGAUCCUUGUGUGAGUUUUGCCUGCAAACAGGCAUUACUGAAAGUUCUUCGCCCCCGGCAUAGACGGCAAAGACGAGUCUUUAUUCCCUCACCACCAAGAUGUACUUCUCCUGGAAAAAGAGGAGCUACAGCUGAUGAUGAUGAUGACUACGAACACCAGAGCAAAGUACCCAAAAGCCAUGUGCAACAUGAAAAUAAGCCAGAACCAGAAGUUCUAGAACAAGACCAAGAUUUGAUUGGAAAUUAUGCUGAACAGAAUGAACCAAUGAUAUUAGAACCUGCAGACCACAAUCUUCCUUUAGAAGCUCUUCUAGGUGGCAGUGGGGCAAAUUUCCCUCCAAUUGUAGACAUUCCUCCUGAUGCUGAUGAUGAAACUAUGGUGGAGUUAGCAAUUGCACUCAGUCUACAAGAUCAGUCACGACAUGGCACUGAACUGAGCUUGACCGAGAAACUUCUAUUGGUGAUAAUGAUUUGUGAUGAUGUCAUUUUGUGUUUGUGUUUGUGUUUGUUUUCAGUGAGUGGCCGAAGUAGUGCAUAUGGUGAUGGAGCUCAUGAAAGUACUGCCACUGGAGCUCGAAGUGAAACAAGUAGUGUAGGUGUACCCAGUGGAUCCAUGCCACCCGAACUUGGAGAAGUUUUGGAUACUGAGACUGACCACGAUACCACCUACAGGUUACAUUCUCUUCGUUUGAUGUUAAUGGAACAACUUAUGCAGCAUUUCCAUGAGCUACGGGAAGUUGGUGGUGUACGAGCAAUUCCAUUUAUGCAGGUUGUUCUUAUUCUCACGGCUGAUCUUGAUAAUGAGGAAGAGAAAGACCGUGCUGCUUUAGACAGCUUAUUGACUACUAUGCUGAAAGAAAUGAAUUUCCCAGGAAAAGAAUUGGAUCACAUUUCUGAAAGAUCAAAAUACCAUGAAGUGAAGUUAGCCUUAUUAAGACUUUUCAGUGUCUUGCUGUCUCGCACCAAAGCUGGCACUCGAUCAACGUCUGAGAACUCAUUCAUAAACCUUAAUGCAGCAAGUGCCUUGUUAGCUUGUGGAGCAAUUGACUACUGUUUGACUGCCCUCCAUAACUUGUUACCUUAUUGGAAGCAAUACAAUGGAGAUGAGGAUGAAGGAUCUAAUCUCCCAGGCCAACUUUUGAAACCCCACCCGAUGUGGCCACCACCUGACAUGACACCUUUCUUCCUGAGACCAUAUGUCAAAGGUCAUGCUAAUGAUGUCUUUGAGGAUUAUCCCCAGUUGUUAACUGAAAUGGUUCUCAGACUUCCUUAUCAGUUGAAAAAAAUUGCUGAUUCAAAUACUGGAAUUCCAGCACCUGUAUUUGAAGAUGGUUGGUUUAGUAUACUUUCAGAAUACAUGAUGACACCUCAAACACCUUAUGUGAAGAGGCAAGUAAGAAAAUUGCUACUUUUCAUCUGUGGUUCAAAAGAGAAAUAUCGCCAACUUCGUGACUUACAUGCGCUUGAGUCUCAUCUGAAAUCAGUUAUGGAAAUUUGCCAUAAGAGUGGUUUAGAUGUAACGGCUGCUGAUAUGUUCCUUGGCACCAUUAUACUACCAUACGAUACUCUUCUCACAAUGAUUGAACAUUUGAAGCAAUGCUCUGAAAUUGCCACUACACGUGCUAACAAUUGGCAGCUGUUUUGCCAGAAGGAAACUGAUAUCCUUGUGUUUUUGAUGAAAGCAAGCAUCAUGCUUGAUGAAGGUGUUGCCCCUGUCUUGCUACAGCUGCUCCAGUCAGCUGUGUGUGGCUCAAAGAUAACUCAGCUAGCAGGUUCAAGUUCUAAUAGCUGUGGAUCUCCUACUAAGCGCAAGAAAGAAAAAGAUUCUGCACCUAAUAUGAAUACAGAAGCUAAUGAGGAUAAUGGCCAACGCCAAUUCCAGCAGCAGAUGGAUGAGCAGCUCUGCUAUGACCUGGUGCAGCAACUUAACCAAACGGUGGACCAUGCCCUCCUUAUGAAGUUUGUGCGCUCCUUCCUCUUAGAGUCCAACUCAACUAGCUGUCGCUGGCAAGCACACACGCUUAUUCUGCAGAUUUACAGAAUCUUAAUCCAAGAGUAUUUAGAAAAAGCAGUAUCUGUUCUAAAGGAAGAAAACCAGAUAUUAGCCAACCAUCCAAAUGCCACAAUUUAUAAUAUGCUUCAAGGUUUGGUUGAUUUUGAUGGCUAUUAUUUAGAGAGUGAUCCUUGUCUUGUCUGCAAUAAUCCAGAAGUUCCUUUUGCAAACUUGAAGCUUUCUGCUAUUAAAGUUGAUUCUAAAUUCACUACAACAACUCAAAUUGUAAAAUUGGUUGGCAGUCACACCAUUUCAAAGAUCUCGCUUAGGAUAAGUGAUCUGAAAAGAACUAAAAUGGUGCGUGUAAUGAAUAUCUACUACAACAAUAGAUCCGUACAAGCUGUGGUGGAGUUGAAAAACAAGCCUGGUUUAUGGCACAAAGCUCGUAGAGUUACACUUGGAAAUGGACAAACUGAUGUUAAAGUAGAAUUCCCCAUUCCAAUUGUAGCCUGUAACUUAAUGAUUGAGUAUGCUGAUUUCUAUGACAAUUUACAAGCUACUGCAGAAACAUUGCAGUGUCCUCGGUGCAGUGCAAGUGUUCGAGCUAAUCCUGGUGUUUGUGGCAAUUGCGGAGAAAAUGUUUUUCAAUGUCAUAAGUGCAGGUCUAUUAACUAUGAUGAAAAAGAUCCUUUUCUGUGUAAUGCUUGUGGUUUCUGCAAAUAUGCUAAAUUUGACUUCACGAUGACUGCCAAGCCAUGUUGUGCUGUUGAUCCCAUUGAAAAUGAAGAUGAUCGGAAAAAAUCAAUUGCAACUAUCAACAGCUUAUUAGAAAAGGCAGAUCGUACUUAUAAACAACUGCAAGCACACAAACCAUAUGCAUCAUUUCAACUGUUUUUACAGAUCUAUACCCCAGUCAAAGAUCUCACAAAUCGCUGUUUCAAAACUAGUCAGCUGAGUUGUUUUGGGGAAGAGAGCACUGCAACUAAUGUCCCAAACAGUAGUGUACACAAGGCCAUACAGCAGUUGGCCACGAAGUACUGUAUCGAAUGCAAAUCAUCAUUUGAUGAGCUCAGUAAAAUCAUUCAGAAAGUACUUGCCUGCCGUAAGGAGCUUGUUGAUUAUGAUCGUCAACAGAAAGAAGCUGUUUUAAGUGGUGUGGCCAGUGACUCACCAAUUACAAGUCCGCAAGGAAGUGUGACAAGUUUAAUGCACCAGUCACACCCUUCAAUGUCAUCUUCCAUACACAAAGCAAGAGAUAGUUACUUGGCAACUCCACUUAUGCCAGUGGCACAAGAAAAACAUCCAGAACACAAUCCUUGCACCUUUUGUAAUUGUGUAAUAUUACCUCCUCAGGGAAUGAUUAAAGAACUGAUUGAUUACAAUCUACGCCGAGGUACUCUAAGUGUACGCAAUGAGGUUCGAUCCCUCUUGUGUCUUCUUACACGAGAUAACCGCCGAGCUACAGAAGAAAUGAACAACUUACUUAUGACCAGAAUUGCUUCAGCUAUGAAUGCAUACCUUUCAAACCCUGAUUUGGGCUCUUCGGUGCGCCAUGAAAUCCUGUUACUAGCAAGUUCGGUUCAACAAGAAGAUUCUUGUUGGGAGCAAAGAGUACGCUGUGUGAUGCGUCUCUUUCUCAUGGGGAUGCAACUAAAGAGUCCUCUGGUGAUGGAAAGCAUUACAUUGCCUUGUUUGAAAAUUAUUCAACACCUUGUAAAAUCCGAUGGUCAAUCAAAACGUGGGAAGGAAAAAGACACCAAUUCUUCAGAUAUCCGGUUGAUGCCGAGUGGCAUCCAUAUGAAUGCCAAGUCGUGGUUAGCUGGUGAUCCAAAGUUUUGCUUCCAGAAUUGGAGACGUUAUCUUCCCAAAAGAAAUGACAAAGGUUAUUGUUAUAUUUUAUAUUGGGCGACUUUAUACAAAUUAUUGAAGUUUAUUUCUUCACAGGAAAUAGAGCAUUUAGAAUACCUUGAAGAAACUAGUCUGAGUUCAGAUCUCUCACAAGGAUUUGCACUGAAAUCAUUAACUGAAUUGCUUUCAUUAUUUGUGGAACAAGAAAACAUCAAACAUCAAUAUAAGAACAAGUUGGUGGGUUAUGUGCUCAAUGGUUACUUAUGUCUUCGUAAGUUAGUUGUACAAAGAACAAAAUUGAUUGAUGAGACUCAAGACAAACUUCUUGAACUUCUUGAAGAGCUCACCACGGGUACCGAAUCAGAAACGAAAGAAUUCAUGGCAGUAUGUGUUCAAACAAUCAAGAAAUACCCUCUUGAUGAUUACCGAUCCCCAGUGUUCAUCUUUGAACGACUCUGCAGUAUCAUUUAUCCAGAAGAAAAUGAUGUGGGUGAGUUCUUCAUGAUCUUAGAGAAGGAACCCCAACAAGAGGACUUUCUCCAAGGAAGAAUGCUGGGUAAUCCCUACAGUUCCAAUGAGCCAGGUCUUGGACCCCUCAUGAGAGACGUUAAAAAUAAAAUUUGUCAAGAUUGUGAAUUGGUUGCACUCUUAGAAGAUGACACAGGCAUGGAGUUAUUGGUGAACAAGAAAAUUAUCAGCUUAGAUUUGCCAGUGAAAGAAGUUUACAAGAAGAUUUGGGCUCCUGAGCAUGGCGAUUGUGGAGGUCUGGAAGUUAUGCUUCAAAGGCUAGCAACUAUCAAAGAUUUGGUGCUAGGUAAACAGCUGAUGAUGGUACUGCUUAAAUUAUUCACAAGAAGCAACACGGCAUUAUGGUCUGAACAAGAAAGUGGCAUCAGUGGCAGCAAAGGUCAGAGUAUCACAGAACAGGUAUUACAAAUAAUGGAAGUUAUUUUGAUGGAAGCUAGCUGCCAGCCAACUGAUGAAUAUAAGAAAUUUUCUAAACUUUGUGGUGACAAAGACCAACUCAUGUUGCUACUAGACCGAAUUAACAGCCCAUUUGUGAGAGCCAACUCUAGUGUACUCCAAGCUCUUAUGAAACUUAUUCCAUUCUUGGCAUUUGGAGAUGAAGAUAAAAUGUUAGCUCUGAUUAAUCACUUUAAACCUUAUUUAGAUUUUAACAAAUUUGACUUUGAGCAUAACCAAGAUGAACAAAUCCAUUUAGAAUGUUUCUGUGUUAUUGCCAGUGGUAUCAAGAGUACUGCUAAUGGAACUUGGUUGAAGAAUAUGAUCUUGGAGCAUGGUAUAGUCAAUUCAGCUGUGGAUUUCAUUUUAUCUCAUGCUCCUCCAGUGAAGACAAUUGGCACAAGUUGUCAGAGUCGCACAGAAGAAAUGAGCACUGACACAGAAGACUGGCAGGAGUUCCUUGGAAAAGCAUCUUUGAGUUAUGUUCUGCGAUUGUUAACAGGAUUAUGUUCUGGACACACUGGAACUCAGUUAUUAGUUGGAGAAGAGUGUAUUCCAAUUCUUCACAAGCUCGAACAGAUUUCUUCAGAUAAACACAUCGGUACAAUGGCAGAGAAUUUACUGGAAGCUCUGAAGGAAAAUGAACAGACGGCAGCUAAAAUAAUUGAUGUACGGAAACAAACAAAAGCAGAAAAGAAACGAUUAGCAAUGGCUGUUAGGAUGAAACAACUUGGUGCAUUGGGCAUGACGACAAAUGAAAAGGGCCAGGUAACUGUCAAAAGUUCUGUUCUCAAACAAAUGGAAGAAUUGAAGGAAGAAAUAGGUCUUACUUGUUGUAUUUGUCGAGAAGGUUAUAAAUAUCAACCACAGAAGGUCUUAGGUAUUUACACAUUUACUAAACGAGCCAACCUUGACAACUAUGAGAAUAAGACAAGGAAGUCACAAGGCUACAGUACAGUAUCCCACUUUAAUGUCGUGCAUGUUGACUGUCACACUGCUGCUGUCAGACAUGCAAGAGGUCGAGAGGAAUGGGAAAGUGCUGCUCUACAAAACGCAAACACUAAGUGCAAUGGUUUAUUACCUCUGUGGGGCCCGCAAGUCCAGGAGUCAGUGUUUGCCACUUGUCUUGCCAGGCAUAAUGCUUACUUACAAGAAUGUACUGGUGUCCGGGAUCCAAGCUAUCCGUACACCAUACAAGAUAUAAAGUUGUUACUGUUAAGGUUUUCUCAUGAAAAGUCUUUCAGUGAAGACAGUGGUGGAGGUGGUCGCCAAAGUAAUAUGCACCUUGUACCGUACUUAAUGCACAUGGCAUUAUAUGUCAUAAACACAACUCGGUCUGUUCCUCGAGAAGAAAAGAAUCUUAGUAACUUUUUGGAAAUGCCUAAAGAAAAAUGGGUAGAAAACUGUUUUGAGGCGGAAGGUCCGUUGUAUUGGUUAGUGAUGGCUGUUCAUAUCUUAUCACCUCAGAAGUGGAGAGAUCACCGAGUUAGUCUGAUUGAACGACUCUUUGUCCUUGCACAUGCUAGAAAUGUUUGCUCAACUGGAGCAAAAGCGUUACCAGAUCGUACAUUGAAAGAUCUUUCCGUAUAUAAACCUUCCUUUGUAUUUUUUGGUCUCUUAUCCGGGUUAUAUGACAAAAUCUUUAAGAAAGUAACAGUCGGGAAUGAUGGUUCCUGGAGCUCAGCAAUUGCAGAACACAUCAGGCACACUGAUAAGUCUCUUCUUGAAACUUGUGAUCGAUUAGUUGCUAGUUAUGAACAAGAAAUGUUGCCCUGUGAAUCUAUCAUGGAAUUCUUUGAUGUAUUUGGUCUCUUAGAAGAUGUUCCCAAUCCUGAACAGUUCUUCACGAAUCUUUUAUCUUCUUUUACUACACCUUCUACUAACAGAUCUUCAGCAACAUCCCACUAAAUGUUUCUCUGUCACUUUUUCUUUGGGGGAAAAAGAUUUGGUGAUCACUUUCUGGCAACUUUCACACAUUGCCUAUUUGUACAAUAAAAGAGUACUAUAACAGUAAUUUCUAUGUUUAAAUUAUGUUGUCUCUCGCAGGUUUCCACCUAAGUAUUAAUGAUUCCAUCUGUAAGGUAAUGUUACUCUUCCCUGUAAAGUUGAUGAUAGCUUUAUGAUCUUGGCUGUGACCACUUGGAACAAGUUUCUCACUAAUCAACUAAAUUAACUUAUUACUUAUAUUUUGUAUGGACUAAGUUGCAGGUGUAUUUUUUUUUUUUUUUUUUUUUUGGAAGUUUUGUUGCGAUAAUUAUGUAAGUAAUAUAAUGAUAAUAAUAAUAAUAAUGAUAUAUGUUAAUAUAUAUAAAUGUUAAGUUUUUCUGAGGGGAAAUUAUGCUUUGCUUACUAUUAUGUUGGUUGAUACCUUCAGAAAAUGAAGCAUUUAAUUUGACACCUUCUCAGUGAAAAUAUGUUAAACCAGUGUUUAAGACUAAGAUAGCUGACAAGAUAAUCCUAGAAAUACGAUUAUAUAUGCUGAAGAAUUAGUUCCAUUUUGGUUAAACAUUGGAAUUCUGGAAUUCAGAGAAUAAGACUAAGUCUUCAGUUUCUUCUGGUAUUAAUUUUUAUUGAAAACAUUUUGUUUUAAUGAUCUUGGAUUAAAUAAUUUAUUAAAACAAAUAUUUUCUCCAACCAAUUUUUUUUUGUCAAGAAGAAAGUUCCUUUUCUGUUUAGGUCUUUCCGACAAGUUUUGUUUUGUAAUUUAUUUCAAAGAACAUGUAACAUUGCUGCUACUAAGUGAUUUUAUUUUUUAUUGACUCAGUCAGUGGACAUUUUGCCAGAACUGUUUCUUGAGGAUGCAUGUUGCUUUUUUUUUUAUUACUAUUAUUAUUAUUAUUAUUAUUGAUGCCUAAUGUUUCUACAAAAAAAAAAAAAGAAAAGAAAAAUGAAAAACCAAAACAUUCUUCAUCAGUUUGGAUUAAAUGUUCCUGUCGUCAAACCAAUGGGGCUUCUAUAUCCGAAAUUAAUUUCAGAAUGAAGCACUAAAAUAUUUUUGCUUGAUUAUUAAAACAUAUUAAAAUAUA